CUUUUUAGAUAGAGUAAAUAUGGUGGUAAAGGACUGGAACAUAGAUCCUCUUCCCUCUAAAGACAAAGAGGAUGAUUCAAUGACGUUCCACCAGAGACUUAGUAAAGAGGAAGAAGAUACCAAAAAGACGUACCUAAAAAGGGGCUUCAAUGCUACAUAUAUUGAGACAGAAGAUAUUCAUCUCCAAAGAAGACUUGAAGAAGGAUAUCUCCAGAAAGGGAUUCGGGAAUGGGCAAAUGCAAGAUAUGAAUCUAGAAACAAAAGAAUACCCUUUAUCCCUCCCAUUAUCAAAGACACAGUAAAGCAGAAAAUAGAUAAAACUCUUAAGCGAAUUCAUGAAGAGGAGCUACAAAAUAGGAAAUAGCAGAAGGAUUAUACAAUCCACUAAAAAGAAGAAGAGUAAAAAGAAAUAAUUUCAAUCAUGUCUUAUCGGUUCCUAAACUUAAUUUUAGGAAUAAGAAAACAUGAAAUAAGGAAGACAUUAAGAUUACUAUUAACUCUCCAAAGGAAAAGUUCACCAUUCCAAAUACUUUCAGAUUGGGUAAUCUUCCUCUUUUGAGUACUAAUGAUCGCCAAGAAGUCGGACUAAAAAUCUCCAGACAAUCUAAAUAAGCAAGCUAGUAAUACGAUGAAAACACCACAUGAACACCAAAAGCUUAAAUUUGAGGAUAAAAUCAAAGAUUUUAAAUAUAAACUUUCUAGGAAAAUAUCAAUAAAAACUGAAGAUAUUCUGAGCCCUGGUGUGUUUCCUCCCAAAUUUCAGACUAAAUAUAAGCAGCCUAAGCUGACAACUAGGAAAUCAAUAGUUAAAAAGUUUACCUUGAAGAAUCUGAAUGAUCAAAAGCCUAAAAUUUCGACUAAAUAAUAUUCAAAUAAAAAAUAAAUUAUCUGGCUAUAAUACGAUACAAGUUGCUAAAGGGAUUGAUUCUGAUAAGUUAUCAUCUACAACUUCGAAAAAUCAUCCUGAGCCUGAUAGUCCUCAGGUUACUGUUUUUAACACGAUGCAAGAGCCAGUCACCUGAAGACUUCCAAGUCUAAGAGGGUCUAAGUUGAAUAAGAAAGAGUGUAUCUCUAACGCGAAUUCAUCAGUGAAUCGUAAAAGCUUGAAUCGUCAAAAGUCUAAAUAUUUAAUGUCAAAAUAUCUCCCAGAGAAUAAUAAGACGAGAAGGAUGUCAAUAUUCAUGCAACACCUUGAACAUUCUAAAAGGAAGUUGAUGAUAUCAGGAUUAAAGCCAGAACCUGAAGAAGAGAAAGACAAGACAGCCCUCACUACAAGAAGUGUCCUUGAUAUGCAACCAUCUAGAUCAAGUCCGAUACCUACAAUUUCUCCUGUCAAAUUCCGGAGAAGAAUGGGAGUUGAUAUGUCAGAGUGCAAUGAAGGUCCAGGAAAAAUGGACGAAGAGAACACAAAUGAAAUUGACAGCAAACUUAAGAGGCAAGAUACAAAAUGAUUCAAAAAUCAGCUUCAGAGAUUGGCAUCCAAACCAACUAUGACCCAUAAUAACAAUUUACAUCCAAAUUAUCAUCCUGGCAUAGCUGAAGAAUCUAGUUCAAAAUCCAGCUCACAAUCUAGCAGAAAGUCAUCAUUUUUUUCCAUCUAUAGUACAGACAAUGUACCUGAAAAUCCGAGUUAUAUAGAUAUGAUUAAAAGAAUGUCUAGUAAAAUUAGUGAGGGCUCCGACACUUCCUCAGUCUCAAGUUCCUCGAAAAAAAAUUCUACAAAACCUUCAAAGAAACAUAAUUUAGACACUAUAAUUGAGCAAUGAGAGAACUUGUUGCAGUCUGAUCUUGAGAAUUACACUGAAAUUGAUAACAUCAAGAAGUAUAUGAAUUUAGUCAACAAGUACUUCAAGAAUAAGGUAGAUUAUAUGAACUACUUUAACAAUGAAACCAUCGAUUAGUAUAAUAA